GCCAGGUUGUAUCUCCAUGGAGAUUGUUUCUCAGAAUGAUGGCUGAGGGCGCUGGGCUGGCAGCAUGACUGUUCCCAAGGCUCUUGGGCUGAAAGUCUUGGGCUGUCUCCAUCCAGACUGAAUCGAACCUGUCUGAAAGAAGCAGCUGCCUCAGGGACACCUCCCCAUGUGUAUCAUCUUCUUUAAGUUUGAUCCUCGCCCAGUUUCCAAAAAUGCAUACAGACUCAUCCUAGCAGCAAACAGAGAUGAAUUCUACCACAGACCAUCCAAACUAGCCGACUUUUGGGGCAACAACAAUGAGAUCCUUAGUGGUCUCGAUAUGGAAGAAGGGAAAGAAGGAGGGUCGUGGCUUGGGAUCAGCAAGAAAGGAAAGCUGGCAGCCCUGACAAAUUACAUGCAACCAAAGCUUGAUAAAGAUGCCAAAGGAAGAGGUGAGCUUGUAACCCACUUCUUAACUACCGAGGUAGAUAGCUUCUCCUACCUGAAGAAGAUCUCCACAGAAGGACACCUUUAUAAUGGGUUUAACUUAAUAGCUGCAGAUUUAAACACCAACAAGGGAGAUGUAUUUUGUUACUACGGAAACCGAGGUGAGCACGGCCCUAUCGUAUUAUCACCGGGUGUGUAUGGAUUGAGCAACUCCCUCUUGGAGACGCCCUGGAAGAAGCUCCAGUACGGGAAACAGCUCUUUGUGGAGGUCAUCAACCAGAGCCAGGACCUGGCCAAGGAAGACCUCAUCAGCGAGCUGCUCAAAGUCAUGAAUAACGAGGAAUGCCAGUUGCCAGACCCUGCCAUUGAAGACCAGGGGAAGGAUUAUGUGCUGCCCAUCCUGAAUAAAUACGCCGCCGUGUGUGUGCGCUGCCCAGGAUACGGCACGAGAACAAACACCAUUGUUCUCAUUGAUGCGGAAGGGAAUGUCACCUUCACUGAACGCAGCAUGAUUGAUGAGGAUGUCACCCACUGGAAUACCAACACCUACCAAUUCCAGCUGCUGGGCCCCUUGGUAUCAUUUAAUCACGGACAAUAAACUUCCAAUGAAAUCGCUGUAAGAUCCCAAGGAAAGCCGGUUCAGAAAACUACCAAACCAGCCUGACUGUCAAGGGCCCAGGACUCUGGAGAGUGAGAGGAAGGCUUUCUGCACUGCCAUUUACAUCUGUGAAGUCAUUUCUGCUUCUGCUUAGUUGUGCCUGUUGUUCUGAGCUCCCUCAACAACUCUCUUGAAGUCAGUCCUUCAGUCACUGGAGGAAAGGAGGACCCUGCUCUCCAGGCUAAUACCUCGGGCCAGGGCUAUCUGGCCUCCUUGGCCUGUCACUUUUCCCCAAGAGACAGAACAUUAGUAGGAAUAUGACUUUGGAAUCUGAAAAGCUGAUAAUAAAAUGCUUAAUGAAAA